CUGAGGCUCAGUGGACAGCUCCGGUGCUGAAGCAAUCUGCGGCGCGCGGAGGAAAACAGCGCAGAGCGAAGGGAAAAACGCCUGUAACCGCGAAAAACAUUUUUAACGCGAGAUUUACACAUAGUCCAGGGCCCGCGCUGACCCGAGGCGUGCGAGACAGAUGGCUGCCACUCAGGACAUGAAGGGGAAGGGAGAGGGCGGAGACCAGAACUUUGACUACAUGUUUAAACUCCUCAUCAUCGGAAACAGCAGCGUGGGAAAAACCUCCUUCCUUUUUCGAUACGCAGAUGAUGCCUUCACCUCCGCCUUUGUCAGCACCGUCGGGAUCGACUUUAAAGUCAAGACCGUCUACAAGAACGACAAAAGGAUCAAGCUACAGAUCUGGGACACAGCGGGACAGGAGCGGUACCGCACUAUCACCACGGCAUAUUACCGUGGUGCCAUGGGCUUCAUCCUCAUGUAUGACAUCACUAAUGAGGAGUCGUUUGGAGCCGUGCAGGACUGGUCGACCCAGAUAAAGACGUAUUCUUGGGACAAUGCUCAGGUGGUGCUGGCCGGAAACAAGUGCGAUAUGGAGGAGGAGCGAGUCGUAUCUGUGGACAGCGGGCGGCUGCUCGCUGAACAACUUGGUUUUGAAUUCUUUGAGACAAGUGCCAAGGACAACAUCAAUGUGAAGCAGACGUUUGAGCGCCUGGUGGACCUGAUCUGUGACAAGAUGUCCGAAAGCUUGGACAGUGACCCCGCCGUGACCUCUGGAGCCCCCACCGCCAAACUGAUGGACAGCGCCCCCCCUCUGCAACAGCAGGGGUGCAACUGUUAGCGACUCUCCUCAACAUUAGCUUCCAGCUAGCAGCGCUUCUCUGGACACUUCAACCCUUCAGUAGUGACCCAAACCUAACCUGAAUACUUACCCAUAGAAACAAUAGACGUAAACACAUAAACUUCAAUAGAAUUGUCUGAACACUGCAGAAUACUUGACUUGCCAUUACUUGGUAUCGGAUCCAAACAAAAAUCCCUGGAUUUGCCUCUCACUCAGACUCAAAAUUAAAAAGAGAAUUCAAGUCAUUUGAACCAGGAAUAACUCAGUCUUUUGCAGUGCUCAUCGCUGAUAAACCUGAGAAUAUCUGCUAUAGUAAAACUGUACAGUCCACCUUAAGACCUUUAACGUUGAUGUCCUAAAGUAAAGCAAGGGAUCGUG